UGCUCAAAAUUUAUCCAAAUAGAAAUCGAGAGAGGAGAGAGAGAGAGAGAGAGGAGUAGCCCUGAAGCGAAGAAGAAAGAAGAGUGGAAAUCCUCCCAGCCCCUCCUUCUCCGCCGUGAAAUCGCCGACACCUUAAGCUAUUCACAUAAUUAACACUAUUGGAACAUUUUUGGCUGAGAAGAUGGACGCCAAGUGUGUGGUGAAAGGCGGAGUGAAGAGCACGGCGGAAUCGGGGUCGGGGAGGUUUCCUUUGACGGCGUGGGAGAUGGCGACGGCCAGCGGCGUCGUUUUGAGCUUCCUCGUUGGGCUGGUAGGGUUGUAUCUCACCAUGCCUGUCUCUGAUUACAGCUUCCUCAAGCUUCCACGCUCUCUGGAAGAUCUCCAAAUUCUCAGGGAUAACCUGGAGAGCUAUACAAGUGACUACACUGUACAGGUUCUUGUGGGAUAUUGUCUGGUCUACGUUUUUAUGCAGACUUUUAUGAUACCAGGAACUGUAUUCAUGUCAUUACUUGCUGGAGCGCUUUUCGGGGUGUUCAAAGGUGUAGCUCUUGUUGUGUUCACUGCUACUGCGGGAGCAUCUUCCUGCUUCUUCUUAUCCAAAUUAAUUGGCCGACCACUCGUCUUCUCUCUGUGGCCUGACAAAUUGACUUUCUUUCAGGCCCAGGUGGCUAAAAGACGUGAAGGGCUGCUAAACUACAUGUUGUUCCUAAGGGUGACUCCAACACUGCCAAAUACAUUCAUAAAUGUUGCUUCACCAAUUGUAGAUGUUCCUUACCAUAUAUUCUUCCUGGCGACCUUCAUUGGGAUCAUUCCUGCUGCUUUCGUGACUGUCAGGGCUGGAAUAGCUCUUGGCGACUUACAGUCAAUGGGUGACCUGUAUGACUUCCAGUCUUUGGCCACUCUGUUUCUGAUAGGCAUCGUUUCUGUUACACCCACAUUCCUAGGCAACAAAAGCAAAUGAUAAUGCAGUGCUACUAUCCAUGGCUCUGAUGUAAUAUAUAAACCUAUGGCACCGUCUCUGAUCCCGAUCGCCUUUGGCUCCAUCACAGAGACAGUUUGCAUAUCAACUGAUCCGAUGCCUAAGCUCUUCAAGCUCACUCCAGUGGGAGUGAAUUGUAAAUUCUUAACAAGGUCUCUGGGUCAUGUCUUGAGAUGCCAUAUAGAUCCUUCAUUAUUGUUGUACUAUUAUUUACCCAUUUAUGAUAUUAUUAAUCUGCAGAUUACAGAUUACUAUCAAUCUUUAA